GAAUUGAAAUCCAUUCUAAAACAUGUUAAGCGAAAACCCUAUUAUUCUCUAUAUGAAAAACCCAGAUCCUAUAUUUUAUGGGAUGAUGGAUGAUCUCGUGAUUCAAACAUUAAAAAAAUAAAAUGCUACCGUAAUUGUAACUGAGUUGGAAGAAUUAAGUUACAUAAUCGGAGAAGUAUUCAAUACACCAAUAAUAGGAAUUUACAUUUUUAAGAAAUGGAGAACAAAUAUAGUUUGAUGCAUUUUUAGGUUAUGGAUAUAUGGCACCAAAACAUUAUUUGGAUUAUAUGUAUUUUAAUUUUGCGGCAUAUGCAGCAGGAAAGACUACAUUGUAUUCUCCAUCUACAGAAAAUAUAUUAUAAAACAAACUCUUACAAUAUGCAAAGUUUAGUGAAGGCUAAGUGCCAUUUCCUCGUUGCAGUGCUUCAUUCUCAGUUUAAUAAUUUAAAUUAAACUUAUCUCAAUUUGAAAGCAAAGCAAUAAUGAAGGAGGUUGUCGGAUAUGAAGGAACAGGAGUGAAACUAUCUAAUAAUAAAAUUUAAAGUACAGAGAUCUUCUGUAAAUCUCUUUGGAACGGAGAGCAGGCAAUAAUAUAGGAUUUUGUGAGUGACUCGGUUGGUAGAUCCAUCAGAGUAUUAGUUAUAGGUGGUAAAGCAGUCUCAGUAACAGAAUUCUAGGAUAAUAUUGUAAUAUAACCUUUAUUAUCAUAGGAUUUUAAAUCUAAUGGCUAUAGUGAUGAUUUUAAAAUAGAAUCUAAGAUGGACUCUUAAAAAAAGGAAGAGUACUUUAGAUUGGCAGAAAAGACAUGUUAAGCAAUUGAUCCAAAUUUGACAAUUGGUGGAGUUGAUAUAAUAGAUUCAAGAAAGCACGGAUUGGUUGUUUUGGAAAUCAAUUAAUGGCCAGAAAUAACCUUUUCGGAGGAUGUCACAGGAUUACCAUUGUUUGAUAUUUUUGGCGAGGAAUUCAUAAGAAAAAUAAAACAGAAUAACAGAGAUAGAGUUUGAC